CGAUUCAGUUGCUUGCGAGUCCUCCACCUGAGAGGUGCGUUGUCGUCCCGCGUCAUGCUUGUUCCGUUGAUAUCGGUUUCGUCAACAUCGUGUUUCUAAAUUAAAUUUUCAAACAAUUUUGUGUUAACUUGUGAGACAAUUUACGAUGAUGUGCCGUUCGUGUAUGUUGACGGUUGUACUAUGCGCCGUGACUCUGGUGCCUUACUUAUCAGCUCAAGAAACAACAGUGGACACUGCCGUGAAUAGGAGUUUGUACCAGGAGAACGAGUUAUGGGACGGACUUAUGCAAAACUGCGGUCAGAAGACCACGUUCUCGUGUGUGCAGACUAAUAUCUACGGCUUUCUUGAGCGGUCGUUGCAGUCAGACUUCUAUGUGACUGAUGGGUUCUUCUUUAAGAAAAACGAAAACAAGUACAGUGAGGAGAUGAACUCGAAUUUGUUCGACGGGGUCGCGUCGAGGGAGUCGCGGAGUCGGUGGAGUAAAUUGAAUAAAUCGUUCGGGGAUGAGAACACGCCUCGCGAUGUUGAGAACAAGGUGGAAGAGGAGAAGGUCUUCGCGGAAAUGGAGAAAGACGACCGCGAGGAACAGGAGUCGUUCUCGGAGUUCGUGAAGGCGGUCGAGGAGGCUGAGAAGUCGUUCGACGAGAAACGCAACGUGACCGAACCGGAGGUCGCGUCCGACACGACGACUUUCGAGCCGCCGGCGACAACGGUUGAAGAUGUUCCGACCACGACGCCGGUUCCUCCCGAGGAACAACCCGUGGUUCGUUCGAUCUCAGCAGUCUCCGACUUCAUGUACUCGCGAGGUCUCGGCUACUUCAUGACGCACGACCUUGAACUGCAUCUGCCGUCGUUCGUGUUCGGGGGUGCGAAAGUCACGGUGUCGCCUCGGAGCUUCGAGUCCGACGGUGGUGCUCUGCUCAAGUUCAACAUAGAGCCAGCUGUUCAACCGGAGGAUGGAGCAAGGACUAUCAACAUUCACAAGAAAAUCUUCCACAAGAAGCUGAUGUCGAGUAUGUUGGCCGCUCUGCUGAUUAUGAAACUCAUCAAAGUCAAGCUGAUGUUCCUGCUGCCCGUCUUCCUCGGAGUGGGAACGGCCAAGAAGAUCCUACUGAAAGCGCUCCUCUUCAUCUUCCCGGCCUUGGCACAUCUGUUCAAGCUCUGCUCCUAUUACCAUCACAAAGCCAAAUACCAUCAUCACCAUCACCAGAUCGCACACCACCACCACCACCUCCCUGUGUCGGUGCCCGUCUACCACGGCCCGCCGUCACACAGCAGCUACCACCACUCAGCCGGGCCACCAGUGGUGAGCAGCGACUACGGUCCCCCAGGUGCGGGAGGCGGCUAUGAGGUGAGUGGCCCGUCAGUCGAGUGGCACAGUCGCACCGAGUCGCCCGGCACCCUGUCACAGCACGGCAGUGAGCUCGCCUCCUGGGGUCUCGGCGAGUUCCCCGCCAGCUGGGAAGACCCGCGUGUCUCCCGCAGCGCUGUGCCCGUCACUGAGCCCACCGGAGUCCGCAACUAUCCUCCGCACAGGCCCCAGCCAGGUGGUUUCCAAUACCCUGAAAACGAAGUGAUCGACGUGAAGCCACCUCCUCCUCCCCCCGGCGCGUACCCCCCGCACAAGAGUGGAUUUGGUGGACCUCCGUCAGGACCGGACUCUUUCGGACCCGACUCGUUCGGACCGAGCGGACUCGGCGGACCGCCAACGGGACCUGGACGAACCGGACAAGCUCCGCCUCCAUCCGCACCGGCUGCCUCAAGCAUCAAAUCACCCGUCGGUGCAUACAGUCAAGCAGUCCACACGAGGCUACAGGCUCUGACGCCGCGACCCCCGACCUCGUCGGCGACAAAUAGCGGUGGCGGAGGUGGAGGCAGCAACUUGGAUCCGUUCUACUCGCCGAUGCUGCGCAAGAUCGACGCCGUCUUCAUCGACAUGGGCGUCAUGGAGGAGGGGUGUCGCGAGCGUCUCGUCUGCAGCAUGUACAAGAACCCAUCCAAGUUCAGUCCGCACAGCAAUCUCAUGUCGGCGCAGCUCAGCAAGGAGCCGUCAGAGCUGAAGAAGCCGACAAGUAUGAACCCCUCAGUGGUGCGAUACUUCAAGUACAUGCAAGCCGCGCGAGAUGGUCAGGAAUUCAAGGACUGCCUCAGGUCCUACUCAUCAUGCAACAUCAACACUGAGCGAUGAUCGCCGUCAAAUUUAACCACGAUCAACUAUCACACUUGCCAAUAUUCAUCCAUUCAAUAAUCGACAAAUACACUCCAACAUUAUUAAUUGAAUGAAGGUUAAUUCUCACAUUUGUUGAUUAUUGAAUGAAGGUUCUCACAUUUAUUGAAAAAAUUAUUGUGAAGUUGAUUGACGGACAUUUUGAAGUUGGUUGAGAUGUACACCAAAGGAACUAUGUGUUACAUGAUAUUUUUGUGUUGUGUUUAUAAUUCGCCAGCCCGGUGAGAAAAGUGGCCACACUUUGUAACAGUAUGUCUCGUUUUAGGACAUAAAAUGAACUUUCAUGAACGAAUGAAAACAAAGUCAAUAUAUUUAGUAUUAUUCAGUAUUUAUGUGUGAGUCUGUUUGUAUGUGUGAGUCUAUGUGUUGGUGUGUAAGGUCUAGUAAUUAAGGUCAUGAAAAAAUUGUGCCUCUGAUUGUUUAUCAAACAUGACAUUAUUUAACAAAACAGAGUAUUUCAACAGGGCUACUUGAAUGCUCAAUAUUAUAGAAAAUAACUUUCUAGUACUUUUGUAAUAUUUUAAACAUUUACAAGGGUAGUCUAUUAGUUAUUUCCUAUGAUCUAAUAAACUACGUUUUGAAGAACAAGAAACUAACUGUAUGAUGCACCUGAAAUUAAGUAUGACAAAAUUCCAAAGAGAAACAGUAGGUACUGUAUCUACUUCUUAUAGAAGGCAUAGACCUAUCGUGUAUUGUUAUUAUGAAGAUUAUUUCGUGUCAUAUAUUAUUAUGAAGACAUUUUGGUUAUUAUUUUUUACUGAACCUGAACUCAUAAAAAUCCUGGAGAAAUACAGUAGGUCUAGUAUUAUUCAUAGCAUAAUUCCAUUUCAUGUGAAACAUUUAGAAAUUGUGCUUCCAAUUUAUGUAAUUAAAUAUUAUGAAUCGCUGUUAUACAAUAGGUACUAUUCAUAUCUUGGAGAUCAAGUCAUGCCAUGUAGAUAUGAUUAUAUAUUGAGCCUCUUAAAUAUUCAAACAUAUCAAUACUUCCCGUCAAUACAGGUAAAAUAUAUAACUUAGUUACUAUUUUUGGAAACUGGAAAGGGGAUACAACUUCAUAUUCCAACAUUCAAUUCACGGAUAUCUCUAUUGCCAGAUUAAUACUUCAUGUACAGAUUUCCAGUAAUUAAAUUGGUUGAAUUCACAAUAUAUGAGCUGAAAUUUUUAUUAAUUGCUGAGUCGAUUUUUGUAAACUCUACUAUCAUAGUGGAAUAUUCUUAAAAAUAUUGCUGACAAUUUGUAUGAUUUCAAAUUAAACUGGAUUCCAUCGAAAGCUCUCAGACUUUAUGCUCAAAGUCUACGUGAUACAAAUUACAUAAAAAAUAACACUAUAUGAAAAUACAUUAUAAAAGUAUAUUAUAGAUUCUGAAUAUAAGAAUUAUUAAUCCUCUACAAAUUUCAGCGUUUCCAAUUCCCUCAAUAUCAUGUUGCUGAAUAAUUUUAAGUUUUGUAGUUUUUGAGAGAGCUUCAAUUUUCAUAGGGUACAUUGAGCCUUAACAGUUCUUGUAUUUAAUGGGAGAGUAUGAUUGUGUACAAUGAUUGCUGACAAUAAGAAGAGUAUGAUUGAUUAGUUAGUUUUUUAUUGAAUGAGCUUGUAUAUAAUAUGAAAGAUGUUUGUACAUAAAAUAAAGCAUAAAAAUGCAUUACGAUGACAUUAUUUAUUCCGUUGAAAACGGGCUGUAAAAUUAUUUAUGGACAAAUAAAUCUAUUUAUUGAAAUA